UGUGGGUGAAAAGAUGUGUGUUGGGGUGUGAAACGAGUGAGUUUAUGAGCAUUUAAAGAAGGGUGAAGAUAAUAGUAGCAACUGUUUGUUUAGAAUACGUUGUCACAAGGACGUAAAUUUGGGAUUAGUGCUUUUGCAUUCCCAGUAAUGCACCACUGAAGCGAGCAAUCAGGUCUAAUUGGCCAGCUAAAGGAUGCACUACAAUGGACGCUCAAGAAUAGCACAGAAAAAACACAAGCAAAUGCCACCAGAGCUGCCAAUUUACUUAAUGACCUCUGAGAUAAAGUUAGAGGAGAUAGGCUUCCUUUCUCCCAGCCCUAGCCUCUUAAACAUUCAUUCCGAAAAACAAACAGGUUUAGUUUUUGAGACCUUCAAAUAGUAUUAUGGUUUUAAUUUGUUUUUUUAAACACAUUAACACCAAAAGAUAAAGAAAUAUUAAUUGUUAGCACAUUAAUCUUAAUACAAUAGUUGCUGCUAAAUAACAAUACAUUUUACUCCAGUACAGUAGGGGGAGCGAUCCCCAAAUCAGCUGGUCUACCCUCUGCUUAACACAGAGAAGAAGUAACAUUUAAAAGAUUGCAAAACAGUCUUAGAAUCACAGUAAGAAGGGAAAAUGAGUGAGCUCAUUUCUACUCUAGUGAGCUGAAUGAAAAAAGAAUAUAAUUGAUCAUGGAUAUAUUUACAAGCAGCAGCAGCAGCAGCAGUGAGGAUGAGUUUAUUAUUGCUCUGCUCAAUGAGGAAAGGAAAAGAAAAAGAAAAAGGCGGCGAUACUGGGUACACCCCACUCUUGAGAGAAGAGGUGAACAUGGGGGGUUUCAUAGACUGAUUGGGGAGUUGAAGUUGCAUCAUGAGAAUUUUCAUCAGUACUUCAGGAUGUCUGUGAGUGAAUUUGAGUGUUUGCUUCAGCUGGUGGCACCUUCGUUGACACGAUCUGAAACAAAAUUGCGCAAACCAAUCGACCCCGAGCAGCGUUUGGCUGUUUGUUUACGUUUCCUAAGUACUGGAGACUCAUACAAUACAAUUGCAUCCAGCUUUCUACUAGGCAUCUCAACUGUAGCAGGGAUAGUUGGCAAGACCUGUGAUGCAAUUUGGCAGUGUCUCAAGAACGAAUACAUGCCAGAGCCCACAGAAGAGAUGUGGAGGAGCACUGCCAGGAGGUUCCAAGACAAAUUGGACUUCCCAAAUUGUUUGGGAGCUAUGAAUGGUAAACAAAUUCUUAUUCAGGCCCCUGCAAAUUCUGGUUCCUAUAAAGGAAAGUUUUCGGUGGUUUUGCUGGCCCUAGUAGAUGCAGAUUGCCGCUUCCUAGCAGUUGAUGUCGGAAGCUAUGGGAGCAACAGUGAUGGGGAUGUCUUCUCCCAUUCAGAGCUUGGAAAAGCACUCAGAGAUGGAACUUUUAAUGUUCCUCCACCAACAGAGCUUCCAGGUGCUCCUGAGCUGGGAAAAGUGAACCACGUAUUAGUGGUGGAUAAAGCUUUCCCACUGAAGGCGUACCUUCUCCGGCCAUACCCUGGACGACACCCCCCACUGGACAAGAUACUUUUUAACUAUCGCUUGUCUCGAGUACGACUCAUUUCUGAAAAUUGCUUUAGCAAUCUCAGUCAGCGGUUCAGAGUUUUCCAGCGCCGUUUACAGUUCAGCCCCUCUGUUGUGGAGUCUGUAGUGAAAGCUGCAUGUAUCCUCAGCAAUUACUUGCAGUCAUCUGAACCCUCACAAGAUGAGCCCCCAGUGGAGGACAGCUGUGUUAGCAAGGGCAUGCUACAAGCGCUCAGAUGUUGGCAGGGAAAUCGGUCAACUGCCGAGGCCCAAAACACUCGAGACACUUUCAAAAAUUAUUUCAAUUCUCCUGCUGGACAAGCCCAAGAACAUGUACACAGCGGUCUGGAGGCUGAUUAGAAUAUAUAUAUAUAUUUUUCUUUUAAAUUGAGCAGAUGAGUGCAUAAAUGACUGUUAAAACCAUGUUGUCACCUGUUUAUAUUAUUUACAUAUGUUUAAGAUUUUGCACUGCAAUUUUAACUGUACUAACUCUGUGUGACAACAUUAUCAAAGAGCUUCAAGGGUGCAAUAAAAUGUAUAUAAACCCAUCCUCAUCCUGACUUAUGAUUUAGUAUUUAACAUUUUUUGUAUGAAAGCUCAGCAAUAAUGAUGCAAAAAUUAAUUAAUUAAUUAAUUUUUUAUUUUUUGGUAUACACAGGCACUUUGAUACAAAAAAAAAAAAAAGCACUUACCAAUUUACUUGAAGUGAAAAUCAGUCCUCCUUUCCUGUUUAAUUAAUCAAUCGCACGAUCAUGCAGAACAUCUCAGGUUUUUAAAUCCAUAAGGAUCUCUUUCUCAAUUGUGAUGUGGCAGUGACAGCCAACUUGUCAGCAAGAUCUCACGCUCUUCGUUUUCAAAUUGCAUACAUCACAUGAUUGAGUCACCCAAGACCAGAUAGAAGGCCUGGACUGGGACAUAUCUAAAGACCACAUCCACAAGGAACAAAUAAAUCAAUCUGAUUGGCUGAUGAAUCUGACAAUCUGAAUUUAGAUGCCUAUUCACUGCAGUGUUGAGGGAUUCUGUGGAAAUUCUGAAGGCCUGAUGGCCCGAUUUGUGAAACAGUUGUCCAACUUUGCUUGUAAGCAUUGAGGAGAAUUUCUGAUUGGAUAAACUUUUGUUUUUUUUACUAUUUGUUUGUAGAUGAAUUAGGAGUGGAAAGCGAUUGGAAAUAUAUAGGCAAAAAGGUUAAUGAGAAUGAAAGGAUGAAAAAUAUUUGUUUAUUAGGCAUGUUACACCAGCAGAGAAGGCUUUGCUGGCCCUGAGAAAUCGCUACUGCUGUUACCGGAUGGCCCAGACAUAGAGACUGCAAGAGUGUAAAUUGAAUGAAAUCCCAGAUGCAUUUUAUUGUGAUUUUACAAUCCUCAUCCCAAUCCCAAUCAAUAAUUACCAGAAGAAGAAAAAAGAGGUAAACAAUAUGGGACUCUUAAUAAUAAAGAAGCCCGAAAUACACAAGGGACUAUGAAACCCCCCAUGUUCAUCUCUUCUCUCAAGAGUAGGGUGUACCUAGUAUCACCGCCUUUUUCUUUUCCUUUCGUCAUUGAGCGGAGCAAAUCGGUGGUGGUUUUCAAACCGGGAUGGACGUUUCUAAACUAUCCAAUGAAAGUAGGAAAUCUCAGUGUGGAAAUCAGUGGCCAUUUCCAAGCCAGGAUGGGUGUUUGUAAACUAAUCAUUGGAAGUAGGGAAUCUCAAUGGUUUGAAAAUACCCACUGAUUAGGAAAAGCCCAUUUUUGUUCUGCAGACAAACCUGGGGAGGGGCGUGCUUUGCGCCCCGUCAGGUCUUAAGUCUUGAUGAUUAGCUGGAAAGUGAAUCUGAUUCAGACUGCUAACCUGAGCCCCUGAGUUCAAACCUACUGUUCUUUUUGGGAUAUUCUUGGUUAUAUCCAGUUAAAAAGAGUCAUUUGUUCAUGAAUCUCUCAUGUUGGGUUUGUUGUUGCGUACGGUGCAGCGAGCUCAUCAUCACAACAGAACAGGUGAAAAGUGGCACGAGAAACACUGGUGCGUCCUCUAAAUAUUUAUUCAAUAACUCACAAGAUCUGAUGAAACCACACAUGAACGUACACAACCUGACAGUCACCAGUGGUGUCUAGAUUUAAAAUUACUAUCACAAUCAAUUAUUUUUGGUCACAUUUGUGACCA